CCCCGGCGCUACGGAGGCCGCGGCGGGCCGGUCCCCGCGCUGCGCGAAGCUGCCGGCGGCCGGCAUGGAGGGCGGGAAGCGGGCGGAGGGCGGCGGCGAGGCGGCGGCGGCCGGGCCGGUGUUCACGCUGCAGGAGGUGGCGAGGCGGAACGGCGGCCGCGAGGCCUGGCUCGUCAUCCACGGCCGCGUGUACGACGUCACCCGCUUCCUGGAGGAGCAUCCAGGUGGAGAAGAGGUCCUGCUCGAGCAAGCCGGUAAAGAUGCCACGGAGAGCUUUGAAGACGUUGGGCAUUCCACGGACGCCAGGGAGAUGCUCAAGCAGUACUACAUAGGGGAGGUCCACCCGCAUGAUCGUAAAAAGGAAGGUUCUAAGGAUCAAAAUAUGACGUCCUCUGGCCAAGCAAGCUUCUGGUCAACAUGGCUAAUCCCCAUCUUCGGAGCACUGGUCAUAGGUUUGAUGUAUCGCUAUUACAUGUUGGAAGGGAGAUCGUCGUGAGCUCACCUUGAUGGGACCUCAGAAAGCCUGAAAGAGCAUGUGUGAGAGAGAGUGCACGCAUGCAACACGCGGGAUUCUAGUUCCCUCCGCCUUUCAUGCCUUGCUUUUAGCUUUGGGUUUGCCAAGCGGUGUUGAUAUCCAUGGGACCAAGCUGAUACCAGACUGUCUGUCCGAACUCUGGGACCCGCGGCCCUUCCAUAACUUCCUCUUGCUGAGGCAGGGCAGGCACAGCAUCCUGUUAUUCUGUUACGUUUGUGUGUGGUCUCCCUGGCGUGUGCGUGCCUGUGCUCUCUCUUGCGCUCGCUCUCUCUCGCUCUCUGAAGUAAAACGCAGAUAACCUUUUUCUUUCAAUGCCUUUUUGUUAAGCCAGACAACGUGAAACAGCUGCUAGUGAGCCUGUGGGUUUGCCUCAGUACUUCACGUAGCAUUGUCAGAAAUAAACUGCGAGUUGUCUGCGGUCCUUUCCAGAAAAGAUUUUGAGAGAUUCGGUUCCACAGUAACUUUCCAAGUGCAUGCAGGCUACACUAAUUGGAACAGCAGGAAAUUGUUAGCUUUGCUACCUCUUUCUGUCUGUUUUUAACGGUUAAACAAAUACAAGUAUUUUAAAAGUGAUUCUGUUCAUUUUGUAAUAUUUGUACUUGUCCCUUUAACAUGUAUAUUCUGUGAAACAAUUUAUGCCUUGGA